AUGGACAGCAGCGCACAACCACUCACUCACAUGGGCCUCGAGCACUUCUACCCGGCCAGUCUUGCCACGAGUCCCAUCGCACCACCGCAACAGAAGCGACGCAGCAGCAGUUGCCAGCCAAAACCAAGUACAAAGGAACACUUGAAGGGCGUACCAUCGCCCAAGCCUGUCAUGGAUGCAGAGGGCAAUAUCGUCUACCGUCGCGAACGCAGGGCCUUCACUGCAGAUGAAGAUAUCCGCCUCAUCAAGGGCUUUGAGCGACAUGGACCAUCCUGGACAAAGAUCCAGCGCGAUCCAGAGCUAGACUUUGGUACAAGACGCUCAACAGACCUGCGAGACCGUUUCAGGAACGCCUUCCCAGCACAGUACGCAGCAGCAGGCUUCAAGGCGCGGCCUCCAAAGUCGACAAGCAAGCGCUCACGCACGACAUCACAAGGAUCAACAAGCUCACUGCCAUCUCCUGUCCAGCAGCCUGCAGCGCUGGCUUCUGAUGUGCCUGUUCACUGGGCGCCUAUCUCUUAUCAGUCCAGCAGCUCCAAUGCCUCCAGCACAGAUAUGAAUCCAAUUGUGAAAGACCGUCGAGCAGCAUCACAAGCUCAACGCAGCAUGUCACUUGAUAGCGGCUUUUACUCGGGUGCAAGUGGUUCCAAUACACAUCUCGAGACUUGGCCAGAAUACUAUGGUGGGUAUGCGAUGCCAGCACCGCAACAGCUGCCACUCCCGUCACUCAUGCCACAGAGUUCAUUGCCGCUGCUCAACAACUAUGCUAAUCCCCUCUUUGACCCAGCGCAACCCAUGGCGCCCAUUAUCCAAGAUGAUGAUGGAAUGAGUCAAUUUUGGCAAGCAGGAGCAUUGACGAAUCCUUACCAAGUGGAUGACUUGAGUCUACGCUAUGCAGGCAUGCACCCAUACCUACAGUAA